AGAAAUAUGUUUGAAAUUGCAGAAUUGAAGACGACAUUUAAUGAGGUGGAGACAUGUAUCCUUGCUCUCUCACAACUCUUGUUCUCUGUGCUAGGAACCAUGUUGAACAAUCUGAUACUAAACACAGUUAAAGAUACUCCAGGAUUGCCCUCCUCUACCUACCAUGUGUUACUGCUAAACCUAAGCCUAUGCAACUUGCUUGUGUGUUCAAUAGUAAAACCUAUGUCGGGUAUAUAUAUCAGCUAUGCUUAUGCUAGGAAGGAGAAGGAUGUUGGGUUGGAGUUCUGUAGUCUGUACACUAUUUGCAAUAAUGCCGCGUUAUUCAUUUUACCUUGGAGCAUUCUAGUUCUGGCUUGGCAAGUAUUUCUAUCCGGAAGACGAGCUGAGGAAAGAGGGUUGGGUGUACCUAGAGACGCGCUUAGGAAAUCCUAA